GACACAUUCACCUGCUCUUAGUGCUAUUCACCGUAUUGUGCCAUAAAUCACCUUACAAUCAAUGCUCUAAAGUCUUCGACACUUGAAAUAAUCAUGUCGACUUUGAGCCACCACCCAUACGCGUUCUCCAUGCAACGUCCGGGCAUGCUGCCGGAGUACCCGAGCGCGCCACAGCCGCUGCCGGCCUCUUCGCCACAGUCCGAGGGGCACAUCAAGAGGCCGAUGAACGCGUUCAUGGUCUGGUCCAGGCUGCAGCGCCGACGAAUCGCUAAGGACAACCCGAAGAUGCACAACUCGGAGAUUUCGAAACGACUCGGUGCGGAGUGGAAGCUGCUGUCAGAAAUGCAGAAGAGGCCGUUUAUAGAUGAAGCUAAGAGACUGCGAGCUCUGCAUAUGAAGGAACACCCAGACUACAAGUACAGGCCGCGCAGGAAGCCCAAGCCCCCGACCUCCGGAGGGGCUCCUGGCGCUGGAGCAUUCCCCAACUUCCCGCUGCCAUACUUCGCAGGCCCGGCUCCGGGUGUUGGACAUUUGGAUUCGCUAUCAUACCCCGCGAUGUCGCCAUACUUCCCACAUCAGUUGGAUCAUCUUCAGUUCUCCAAACUGAUGUCGCCGACGGCGGAAAAGUUGCCGACGGUGUCGUCGUCCGCUGCCGCCGUAGUGUCCUCGUUCUACUCGUCGCUGUACACGACGCCGACAGCACCGCCGAAGCCGUUCCCCUCGCCGCUGUUCCCGCAGUACGGCGCGCCGUCGUCGCCGGUGUCGCCCGCCACGCCGACGCACAGCCCGCACGACGACCAGCUGCGGCGACCCGUCUCCGUCAUAUAUUGA